AUGCCCGACACCAUGCUCCAAUGCAUCUUGUGGAGGGACUCUGCUGACGACAAUAUAAAGAUCUUCAAGCUAAACACCGUCACCUAUGGGACUAAGCCUGCAUCGUUUUUAGCUAUUCGAGCUAUGCAUCAGCUGGCCAUGGAUGAGUCGUCUUCGUAUCCAUUGGGUUCGGAAACCAUUCUACAGGACUUCUACGUAGACGAUAUGAUUUCUGGAGGAAAUUCAGUCGAGGAAGUGCUGGAUAUUAUGCGUCAAACCACGGAGCUUCUUGCUUGUGGCAAUUUUCAGUUAAGGAAAUGGUGUUCAAACUCUCCUGAUGUUCUUCGUGAAGUCCCUGAGGCAGAAAGGGAAAGUUUUCUGAAGCUCGAUGAUGGCAGCGAUGUGACCAAGGCGCUUGGACUCAUCUGGGAACCCCAGAGGGAUAAGUUCCUGUUUACUUUUGCACCUCAAAUCGGUGUUGGAAAGCACACUAAGCGUUCGGUGUUGUCAACCAUUGCACGGUGCUAUGAUCCUAUGGGAUUGAUUGGACCCACAUUGACCAGAGCGAAAAUCAUCAUGCAGCGCAUGUGGAGAGACAAGCUGCAUUGGGAUGAAAGUCUUCCUCAGCCACUGGAAUCGGCUUGGACUGAGUUUUGCAAGGACUUCGCUACUGUGGGUAACGCUACAUUUCCGCGUUAUAUACUUCAACCUAAGGCAAGGUUUGAGUUGCAUGCCUUUUGUGAUGCCAGCCUCCAGGCCUAUGGGGCUUGUAUCUACGCUCGUUCGUUUAGGGAUACCGCCGAUGAGGUACAUUUGCUUUGCUCGAAGGCUAGAGUUGCACCAUUGAAAACCCUCACGGUGCCUAAGCUUGAGCUAUGUGCAGCGUUCCUGUUAGCCAAUUUGCUUCGCGAAAUUAGGAAAAUCGAUACCUUCGACUGCCCGAUCCAUUGCUGGUCGGAUUCAACUGUGGUACUGUCUUGGUUGCGAGAGGAACCAUCAAAAUUUAACGUGUUUGUGUCUAACAAGAUUUCCGCAAUACAGCAACUUACGAGGGGCAUGGAUUGGCGCUAUGUACCAACUGAAAUGAACCCGGCUGACAUUCUUUCAAAGGGAGCAGCGCCUCAGGAGCUCUUGCAGUCUAGGUUGUGGAUGAAUGGACCUUCUUUCUUGCAAGGCGAAAGAAGUAGCUGGCCUGAACGUUGUUCGCCCGAACUCAGUCUUCCGGAAAUUAGGCAUCGAGUAUUGCUGUCGUCUGAGCGUGUCGACAUCUCGCUUUCGUUUAAGCACAUUAACUCAUUCGGAGUCAUGAUGCGCAUUUUCGGAUAG